UGAGUGCAGGGAGCGAGUAGGAUUUGUUAGUGACUCGUCACUGGGAUCUCGGGACAAAUAAACGCUUCUAGUCUUUUUUCCCCCUCUUCCUUUACGCUUCCAGCCUUCUUUUUUUACUCAGCUGUUUCUUUAAAUAAUCUGACAGCGCGCUUCGGAUGUGUUUUGUGGUAUUUAUUCGAGCCGGUGGAUAGCGACCGAGAGGUGUAUAUGGGACCGUUUGAAUUGGUGUGCACUUCCAGCUGAACGGACGGAAGACCUGACCGGACGCACAGAGAAAGAGGAGUGGGAUCUUUCUUGAUGUGGCAGCCAUCGGGAUUUCAGCAUUUCUAUUGCUGUCAACUUGGGAAAACUUUGACUUUUUUUUUCUUUCCUUUUGUUUGUUUGUUUUUUUUGUGAGAGGAAAUGAAGGCUUUUAGGUGCCUGUGAACGCAGACGCUGAAAUACUUGAAACUGGUACCAGCACGCGGAAACGCCACCAGGACGGAGAGUAAAAACAAAUAAAAUAAAGAAAAAUGAUGUUGCUUAUUUAAUAAUAAUAAUAAAAAAUUGUAUACACAUUUUUUUUUUAAUACAUCAGAGACGCGCUUUUUUUUGGCAAGUUACCAACACUUGCACUCGGCGUUAUUCUUCCCUAUAGGCGAAAUAUUACGCGUCGGUCUCAGUACAGAACCGGCACAAUGAGCUGCAGCUGAGACUGGUCUUCUUCAGACUUUUCUCCUGAACUUUAGUGGCUCUGAUCCGCGGAACAUGAAGCCGGACACCUGUCUGCUCGCUGCACUUCUGACCAUGUGUUUACCUCUCCUCUCCUGGACAGCAGCUCUCACCAGCCAUGAAGUGGCGAGCUCCAUGGGGACCCUGUUGGAAAUCGACGAUGUGGCUAACGUCAGCGCAUUCCUAUUGGACCGGGUGUCUGGGAUACUUUACCUGGGGGCACGAGAUACAAUUGUUGCUGUGGAUACUGCCAAGAAAUUACCAAAGUCUCGCAAGAUUGUAUGGAAAGUUCCAGAAGAGAAGAGCAAAUCUUGCGUGACGAAAGGAAAGACAGAGGCCGACUGCAAUAACUACAUCCGUCUGCUGGAGUUCCUGGGAGAUGGCCGUAUUUAUGCCUGUGGCACAUAUGCCUUCGACCCCCAGUGUGCCUUUGUGAAUAUCUCAAACUUCACUUUGGAAAAAUUAGAGGAUGGCAAGGAGAAGAUGGAGACUGGAAAAGGGAAAUGCCCCUUUGAGCCCAGCCAGCACUAUACUGCAGUCAUGGCAGGGGGAAUCCUGUACACUGCUACUACAAGUAACUUCCUGGGCACUCUCUUUGACAUCUCCAGAGUAACGGGCAUUGACCAAGAGCGGAUUCGGACUGAACGGUCCAUCAACUGGCUCAGCGAUCCAGAGUUUGUCAGCUCAGCCUUUAUCCAGGAGGAUGAAAAGAACAACCCAACAGGCGAAGAUGACAAGAUCUACUUCUUCUUUACUGAAGUGGCCAAAGAAUAUGACCUCUACACCAAGGUCAAGGUGCCAAGGGUGGCUCGAGUGUGUAAGUCUGAUAUCGGUGGCAUGAAGACCUUACAAAGACGCUGGACAACGUUCCUUAAGGCUCAGUUGGUGUGUGAGGAUCGAGGGAGUGGCCAGCGCUUUAACGUUCUGACCGAUGUGUUUACCAAACAGCACCAGCCAGGAGACCCCAGCAGUACACACUUCUACGGUAUCUUCACCUCGCAGUGGGAGAGGGAGGAAAUGUCUGCAGUGUGUGUGUACAGUCUGGAGGACAUCACUAAGGUGAUGGAUGGACCUUUUAAAGAGCUGAAGAAGAGUUGUGAGACCUGGAUGAACCCAGAGCCAGUGCCGACACCCAGACCAGGCCAGUGUCUGAAUAGCGCUCUAAAAGCAGAGGGCUUCGAUUCGUCCCUGAAGCUGCCUGAUAAAGUGUUGACAUUCAUGCGAGAUCACCCUCUCAUGGAGAACAGUGUAGCGUCAGCACCCCUACUGGUCAGGAGUGGAGUUACAUACACCAAACUGGCUGUAACUCUGACCCCCGUCUCCAACGGCAACAGCAAGCUUAAUGCUACUGUUCUGCAUCUUGGGACAGAUCAUGGAGAGCUUCACAUAAUUGCAGUAGUGGGACCGAAUGCAACUCUUCUGCAAGAAGUCCCUCUUUUUCCAGCGUCGGAGCCCAUCAACAAUAUCCUUCUAUACAAGGAUGCUGCUCUGGUCAGUUCUCCUCAUUCUCUGGUGAAGUUGCCUACAGAAGGCUGCUCCCUCUACCCUACCUGUGAAGUGUGUGCACGUGCACGUCCACUUGGCUGUGUGUGGAGACAAAAAGAAGCUGCCUGUAGCCUGGCUGUCACAGAACCUGGUGAAGUCCUAAAUCCUGAUUAUUUGAUCAGUCACUGUGGAAGGAGUGAAGAUAGUUGCUCUAAUGAGAUGAAAGACCUACAUGUGACCGAGGGACUACAUGUGUUGCUGCCCUGUGUUCAGGUGUCACCUCGUCCCUGCCACUGGCAGCACCCACCCCAAAGACAUACUCGACGCCACCUCUCUGACCUGGAGGUACGGGUCACUUUGGAAAGCAAUGGCACUUAUAUGUGUUUCUGUGAGGAAGCCGGGCGAGAGCAGCCAGCCUGUCCCAGGGCUGCAUACAGACUCCUCCUACAGGGGCCCAGUACAAGUUCGAGCAUCAUGCAAGCAUCUAGCCGUCAGUUCAUGGCCGGGUACGUUAUAUUUUUCAUCGCUGGCUUUGCAGUUUGUGGCUUGCUUGUGUGUCUGUCACACCGGUAUCGCAAGAGAGGAGGAGGUGGUCAUUCUUCAUCAACCUCAGAAAAGGGGCGCGACCUGUUGCCCUCUUCAGACACGCCCCAAUCACCCAGCAGCACCAGUCUCUUCUCUGAGGCGGUUCCCUUUACAGAGAAAAGGAACGGGACGCUGAAUGGGCAUGGAGGUCAGAUGUCUGACCGGAAGUGUGGUUAUAUUUAUACUAAUUCAAGUGGACUCAAUGUACAGGAUACAUCAGUGAACCUGGCGGAAGGAUUUCCUGGCCGAGAGAGGGUGGGGCCAGAAGUAGAGGAGGAGGGACUAAGGGACGGACUCUGUGAUCUAGUGGAUGGACUAGGAGGACUGGAGGAAGAACUUGCUAAGCUGCAUGUGCUGCGAGGAGCACCAUUAGCACAGUGUGAAGAAAGCUCCAUCUGAGAACACUUAAACAAAGAACUUACGGCUACAGUAUAAAACCGUAUGCAUAAACACACGUACAUCCUUGAGACUACCUGUAAGUUUGUGUGGUAGCUUGUAGCAAAUCUGGGAGAGCAAACAUUUAAGGAAGUUUGUGAAGACAAAUGUGUUGGCCUAUGAGACAAACACGCAUAAACACACCCAUUAAGAAGCACAGUGUGUGUUCAUGAGUGUGUGUGUUACUGGCCAUACGGAUAGAAGCAAACUUUUGUAACUGCUCUCACCACUGUGUCCAGCCUUUGCCAACACAAUCACACACUCCAUGUACUGAUUGUGGCAUGUGUGCAUGUUUAACCUCUUUCUGAGCUGUUUUUAGCCCAGAACUGAACAAUCCAAAUCCGUCUUGGACUCUCACAAAGUGCGAAGUCAGACCAAACCAUAUUUGACUACUAAACACCAAAAGAUCCAUCAGCUUUAAGCAAAGUUUCUUGAAAGAUCUCACACACUCAUUGUUCACUAGUAACUCUUUACACUCAGCAGAGAUUUCCAGUGAUGGGAUGGACAACAGAAACACAUAUGCCCACUGCACGCAUGAGGAAAACUAAGAGGUGUUGAAGGACCACUGUGCUGAAAGCAGGGGUAUUACGUAUACAGUAUGGUCAUAUAAGAGUGACAAGAGAAAUCUCACAGCCUAUAAAAUAAGUUUUAAGUUAUAUAUCUUAAUUUAUAACUAAAAUAAAGUCUUACUAGACUACUGAUGACAUUCAGAGGAAAAAAAAAAAAAAACUUCCUGCAGUAUGUUUUGUAACUUCCUUAUAGAAGUCGUCAUCUAGGUUGAAACUGUAAUCACCAAAGUAAAGCAGGGAAAAUAUCCAGAAGAAACGUUCUUUUGCCCAAACACAGUGAGAGGUUAUGGUCCUACAGAGAAAUUAAAUCUACACUUCUAACUUGACUGGUUUGUUCAUUAGUCAUAAUGAUGUCUAUAACAAAUAUUGUACAUGUUUGUGAAUAUCCCAUAAAUAAUUCAUUGUUUAUUUUGUAGUGACCAUUUAAUCCUUUCCACCAUUGUAACAGUCUUUAAUUGUUGUCUGUUUUAAGUACGUCACUGCCAUUUGUCUUCCUGUGAUUCCUCUCUUUAGUUUUUUUUGUUGUUGUUAACGUGACAGUUUUGUGUAAUGGAAAUGUAGCACUCAGGAUUCUAUGUACAGCCUUCUGAUCUUAAACACACAGUCUGUCAGCAUUUGGUAGCAUGAUAAUCAUAGGUACAUAUUUUAUCAUUUAAAAAAAGAACUAUUUCCAUACCACAAUUUACUAUGUCUCAAAAUUAAUGUUAUAUAUUGAUUUAUUAUUCCUGAGUCUUAUAUUUCCUGUUUUUGCUUACGAAUAAAACAAUGUUAAUGUACAGAUGUUAUAUUCUAAGGUUUUAUUUUUAUAAUUUAUAUAAUAAAGAUAAAUGUAAAUUUCUUUUGAAAAGAGAUGUUUGUGUGAGCAUGACUGUAUGAAAGAAUUGUGGUUUGAUUUGAUUUUUUUUUUUUUAAAUAAAAUAACCCUGACGGAGA